CUUGCACCAAGAUCCAUUCAUUAUCAAACUUCCUAAGAAUGUUCAGUUAAGCGGUUGCUCUGCAAGAUGGCAGAACUAGCUGCGAUCGCUAGUAUCGUCGGCGUGGCUGCUAAAGGUGCGCAGCUUUCCAUGGUACUCUUCGAAUUUGGCUCAACAAUCGGGUCUGCACGUUCCGAAGUCAAUCAGAUCGCGACUGAAAUAUCCCAAUUCUGCGGCGUUCUCAAACAGCUUCAUUCUACUCUCACCAGAGCGCAAGCUCGUAGAUAUUCCAUCAGCGCUAUUGCUACGACGCAAGAUAUUUUGAAGCGAUGCCAAGAAAUCUUUAAAGAGAUUGAAGAUAUCGUACACCCCUUGCAAAAGAGCACGGGGAAAUCAAACGAGCAGCUGUCUGUAGAUGUGAUAGCUCGGGUCAAAUGGACGUUCAAACGUUCGAAGGUUCAGGUCUUGCAGAAGACUUUGGAGUCAAGCAAGAACACACUUCAGCUCAUGUUAUUGGUUCUGGACUUGGCGCGAAAGACAGUGAGCCCCAGGGCAUCGACAAUUGACAAGCAGCUUGAAGAUCAGCAAGAACAAGUCAUUAUUCAGGGCUUGAUCGCCGCACAAAGAUGUGCUGUCGACCAGCUCGAAACACUUGAGAACGAAGCCGAGGAGCAAGAUUCCCAUCAACGUGAUCCCAUUCCGAAGAUAAAGUCUCCAGAUGCUUUGGACGAGAUAAGUGCAACCGAGGACAGAGAGCAGGUGAUGGGCGAUGAAAGUGAGGACGAGAGGGAUGUCAAAAAGCAAAGAGAUUCAGUGUGGGUCAACGAUCUGAUCUUUAGUAACAGCCCCCUAUCCCCAGGAUUUCGCCGCAACACAUGGGAUGAUGCUGUAUCUUCACCAAGUAUCGAAUCACAAGCUGCUCACUUAUUCCAAGUAUGGACAGAUCAAGCUCCAGAAGAAGCUGAAACAUCUGGUCAGAAUGACGAGAAAAGUUCUGGAUCAGGAGUCGCCACUGAUAUUUCUGAAGAGAAAUCUGGGAACAAGUGGAAGCCUCUGCCGAAGCCGCCUGCUCAGCCACACAUCCUUGCGCAACCCCCAGAAACACUUUAUGUCGUAGUGCUGUAUGACUAUGAAGACGACGAUACGCCGAACUUAGCAAUCCGCGAAGGCGAUAUCAUACAGGUCAUAACCAAGCUUGAAAGUGGUUGGUGGGAUGGGGUGCUUCACGGCGUUCGAGGAUGGUUCCCGAGUAACUAUACCAGGCCAAUUGGAAACGGUAGCAUUUUUAGCGAUUUGAUUGAGGAAUUGGAUGAAGCUGAGUAUGAAGAUGAGGAUGAAAAUGAAGAUAAUUUCGGAGUAGACAAUGUGGACGGUGAUGAGCUGGACGACGUAUUCCGCUCGAGAUUUAGUGGAUGACCACUUUGGCCCAAUCAGCCAGUUAGUCACUUAUUAGCUAAACCUACGGGAGCAACGGCUCGAUAAAGAACGACCCAGUACACUAGAUAACAAGAAAUCACCAUCAAGUAACGAG